AUGGAGCAAGCUAUAGAUAGCUAUGCAUCGGCGGAGAAUAGUGACACUCCAUCUGGAGCUGGAGAGCUUGAGGUUGAUCGACGAAUACCUCUCGGGGUUGAUCCAGGAGCUGAGAGUCUUCUUGGACGACAACAACCUGAACGAGGAGGAUCUGGCCACGGCCCGUACAUUGCUCCAGUGCGCCGAGCGCCUCGCAUUCCUCUACAAGUGGGUCCUCCUCGUCACUCAGCGCUCCUUUUAAAUACCUUAAAUACAUAUUUAUAAAUUUUAUUUUAUAAAUAUAUGAUCUUAAUUUCAU